AUGGUUAUGGCAUUUCUCCGAUCUCUUUGGCGGCGGCGCGAAAGUGCUGUAGUUCCAGAUAUGGACGGGUCACUGGAGGGGGAAUCUGCGAACUUCGCGUCGCUGAAGCACUUCGAGAAGAUGCAUCGACUAGACCCAAACUUGCCGCUGGACGAACUGGAAGAGGUCGACAUUGCGUUCAACACUUCCAAUGUCGAGAAGGGUGCCGAAAUCGAGCAGAUCUUGAACGAGGACAAUUCGCCAUAUCCAGAAGUGCGCGCCUCGGUCCGGAACUUCGACGUCGACAUGCCCGUCAACACCAUCCGUGCCUGGGCCAUUGGCAUGUUUCUAUGCACCGUCGGCUCCGCCGUCAACAUGUUGCUCUCCCUCAGAAACCCCAGUAUCUCGCUCACUACUUUUGUCAUCCAACUCAUCGCCUACCCAUUAGGCUUGCUCUGGGACUUGAUAUUUCCCGAUCGUGUGUGGAAUGUCUGCGGUAUCAAGUUUAAUCUGAAGCCAGGCCCCUUCAACUUCAAGGAGCACGUCAUUAUCGUGGUUAUGUCGAAUGCUGCGUAUGGUGGCGGUGCCCUUUAUUCGAGCGACGUCAUCAUCGCCCAGCGUAUGUGGUACGGCCAGGAUUUUGGCUGGUUGUGGCAGUUGCUAUUCAGUAUCACAACUCUCUGCACGGGCUAUGGCCUCGCCGGCAUCGCGAGAAGAAUCCUCGUCUAUCCUGCCGCCAUGAUCUGGCCAACCGAUCUCGUUAACUGCGCCCUUUUCUACACUCUUCACGAUCACUCGCCUUCUGAUCCUACGAGGACAAAUGGCUGGCGCAUUGGUCGUUACAAGUGGUUUUUGCUUGUCUUCGCAGGGUCCUUCCUGUGGUACUGGUUCCCUGGUUAUCUCUUCCAGGGUCUGUCGUGGUUUUGUUUCAUUACCUGGAUCUGGCCAGACAAUGUCAUUGUCAACCAGCUCUUUGGCGGUUACAGCGGUUGGGGAUUGUUCCCCUUCACUCUGGACUGGAGUAUCAUUUCCGGCUACCUCAAUUCACCUCUCAUCCCGCCGUUCCAUGCCAUUGCCAAUGUCAUCACAGGCGUUACCAUCUUCUUCGUUAUCGUCUCUAUCGGAAUCCACUACUCCGGGUUGUGGUACUCUGCUUAUUUGCCUGUCCAAAACUCUCACGCGUACGACAACACCGGUCACAUCUACAAUGUGUCGGCUAUUUUGGGUCCCGACUUGCAGUUCGACGAGGCCAAGUACAAGGCCUACUCACCUCUCUACCUCCCUACGCAGUUCGCACUCGCCUAUGGCCUCUCCUUCGCCGCUAUCUCUGCUGUCAUCACCCACGUUGUCCUCUAUCACGGCCGCGAGAUAUGGACUCAGUGGAAGCUGGCCCGGUCUCAGGAGGACGACGUUCAUAUGAGGCUUAUGAAGAAGUAUCGCGAUGCUCCGGACUGGUGGUACGCGGUGCUCUUUGUCAUCAUGGUCGGCUUGUCGUUCGCCACUGUUUGCGCCUGGGAUACCAACUUCCCCUGGUGGGCCUACGUCGUCUGCAUGCUUAUACCGAUUAUCUGGACGAUUCCAAUCGGCAUCGUUCAGGCAAUUACCAACAUUCAGCUUGGCCUGAAUGUGCUUACCGAGUUUAUCGUCGGCUACAUGCUCCCUGGCCGUCCUCUGGCCAUGAUGAUGUUCAAGAAUUACGGCUACUUAUGCAUGUCGCAGGCUCUCUAUUUCGUCCAGGAUCUCAAGCUCGGCCACUACAUGAAGGUCCCGCCGCGGCUGAUGUUCUGGUCACAGCUCAUCGCUUCCAUUUGGUCUGCCAUUGUCCAGCUCGCCGUCAUGAACUGGGCCCUGGCCACCAUUCCGAACGUUUGCUCCGAGACGCAGGUUCAUCACUGGAACUGCCCAUCUGCUCGCGUCUUCUACACCGCAUCUAUCAUUUGGGGUGCGAUUGGCCCUGCCCGGAUGUUUUCGGGAGACGCUCUCUACAGCUCGCUGCAGUGGUUCUGGCUUGUUGGAGCUCUUGCUCCUGUCGUCACCUGGUUCUUCGCCCGCAAAUACCCGCGCUCGCUCUGGCGUUAUGUUAACAUGCCCCUCAUCUUUGGUGGUUCGCUCAUGCUGCCGCCGGCUACGGUCUUCAUCUAUUACUGCUGGGGCAUCGUCGGCACUAUCUUCAACUUCUUCAUCCGUCGCCGCAAGACCGGCUGGUGGCUGCAGUACAAUUAUGUGACGUCAUCAGCCCUCGAUUGCGGUCUGAUCGUGUCGACCUUGGUCAUCUUCUUCGCGCUCUACCUCAGCGAGACAGAAGCCCCAAGGUGGUUCGGAAACGUCAAAGUACUACAGACUCUUGAUAUGCAGAACAAGGCUGUUCAGAAGACGGUACCACCAGGGCAGACCUUUGGGCCAAGCAGCUGGCCAUGA